UAUCUUUAUCUUUUAUUGUAGAUUUCUAAAAUCUUUGAAGAUCGUACGAAAGAAGCAUUGUGUCGCAUUCAAAAAAAGCACCGAGGCUGGUUUACAGCGGCCAACGCAGUUGGACAUGUGUCUUACUCAGUUCGGAUUUAUUGGAUAUAUCUUAAUCGGCACUGAGAAUCUAGGUAUCAAGGUCACUCACGAGGAAAUGGAAGGCUUGGUCCAUGUCUGGAGGAUCAUCGGGAGCAUGCUCGGGAUGGAGGAAAAAUUCAAUCUUUGCUCGGGAACAGUUGAGGAAGCACGUGGUCUUUGCCAAAAUAUAUUGGAUAAGGUGUUCAUACCAGCUUUGACAAAUAAAAAUGAACACUUUGACUCGAUGAGUCAGGCGAUGCUGGAAAGCUUGUCGGCCAUGAGUUUUGCCAUCCAACCACAAGCGUUCAUCAUGUUCACAUAUUACUUGGCAUCUAUAUCUGCGUCCAAUAAUAAUCACUCCAUCAGAAUAGAUACUUCGGGCAUGUCGUUUUACAACUGGUACCUAUUCAAUCUGCAAUGUUUCGUGCUAAAGUACCUGAUGCGACCUAGUGCUUGGUGGUCCUCGUUUUUCCGAGCGAUAUACAAUAGUAUGUUGCAACUCUCUUUAAUUAUUGCGAAGAAAUAUCCCUACUUCUCCACCGCUAAUUGGAGAUAUGGCGAAAAGUAUUCUGAUGUCAAUAUCUUCCGUUAUAAUUUCGAUUAAACGGAAAAGAAAUUGAAAGUUGCAUCAAAAUUGACGCUUAAUCAAAGUAGAGAACUUUGAAACAGUUAUACGUAAUCAACUUAUUAUAUAAGUAUAGGAUAACGGAAUCAACUUAUUGUAUAGGUACUUAUUGUAUACGUAUAGGAUAACGUAGAUUUCCAUAAAAAGAGAAAAAAACAAAAUAAUACGCGUCCAUUUACAUUUACUGAUAUAUCAUUAUAUAAUUUUAUGGAAAUAGAAGAAUAGAAGACACGCUCAAUAACGCAUAUAUAAUAACUUGAUAUGACUUAUUGUAAUACGUAACAGUAUAAUUAUAAGAAUUAUUACGGCACAAUGAGCUUCCAAUUUACAGUACCUGAAGAGAAGAGAAGUAUUGGAUGUGACAUUACAUUAAGUUGUUAAUUGCAAUGUCCGAAUACUUAUAAAGUAUUCAAUGUUUGAAUACUUUAUGAAAUGUUUAUAUCAUAAAUGACGUUAUUAUUUCCUAGACGAAACAAGCUUUUAAAAAAUAUCUUAAAAAGACGUUUUAGACGUCCUUUAGAUAUUUUUCUGAAUUUUAUUUGUUAACAUAGUUCAUAAGAAUUUUAAGAAAUCACGAAAAAAUAUAAAAAGUGCAUUUCGUUAUAUAAACGUAAAAUCUAUACUAAAUCUACACUCUUAUUAUACAGAAUACUUUGGAAUAAAAGAAUCGCCAGUUCGAUCGUUUACAAGUUA